AUGUUCAUUGCACGAUCAGAAUAUGACCGUGGAAUCAACACCUUCUCCCCCGAAGGUCGUUUGUUCCAGGUCGAAUACUCUCUUGAAGCUAUCAAACUAGGCUCCACCGCCAUCGGAGUAGCAACCUCCGAGGGUGUGAUCCUCGGUGUUGAGAAGCGCGUCACAUCCACACUUCUCGAAGCGUCGUCCGUCGAGAAGAUCGUCGAAAUUGAUCAGCACAUCGGUUGUGCCAUGUCCGGUCUGCAGGCCGAUGCCCGCAACCUGGUUGAGCACGCCCGCGUCGAGUGCCAAAAUCACGCCUUCCACUAUGCCGAGCCCCUGCGAGUUGAGAGCACCACACAGGCAAUUUGCGAUUUGGCUCUGCGAUUCGGUGAGAGCGGCGAUGACGAGGAGAGUGUCAUGAGUAGACCGUUUGGUGUUGCGCUGUUAAUCGCUGGUUAUGACGAGGACGGGCCCCAACUAUACCACGCCGAACCGUCCGGCACAUUCUACCGGUAUGACGCCAAGGCCAUCGGCUCAGGAAGCGAAGGCGCGCAGGCGGAGCUGCAGAAUGAAUACCACAAGUCUUUGACUCUUGCAGAGGCCGAGACGUUGGUGCUCAAGACGCUGAAGCAGGUCAUGGAGGAGAAGCUUGAUUCCAAGAAUGUCCAGCUGGCCAGUGUCACCAAGGAGAAGGGUUUCCGUAUCUACAACGACGAGGAGAUGGGCCAGGCUGUCACACAGCUGGGUGGCAACCAAUGA